AUGAUUUAUGGGGGUGGUUCUUCGCAUUCUUUACCUUAUAGUCACGUCGGGCCGAACAUCCAGGUGGCGGGGUACAUACCUGUGGAGUUGAAACGCACCUCCAACGCACGCCGCCGGCUCACAGGAAAGGCCGGCAGGGGGCAAGUUUCCCCGCCCUCCCGGAACCGGGCCGCAGGGGGAGGGGUUCGAAGGGAACCCAGCCCGCCGGCCCGCCCCCUCCUCGGCGCAGCGGAAGCCCCGCCCCCAGCCGCGCGCUCGCGCAGGCGGCGCGUGCCCGCCCCCAGCCCUGCGCCCUCGCGCCCUCGCGCCCUCGCGCCCUCGCACCGGGGGCGGGCUCGCUGCGCGUGCCGGGAGGCCGCGGGGGCCUGGCCGGAGGAGGCGGAGGAGGUUGCAGCCGCCGGAGACCUUCUCGACGCCCCCAGAUCCGGCCGGGAAGUGAGUACGGCUAGGGUUUGCGGCGGCUGCCCCAGGCUGCGGGAAAGGAGCGCGGUGCCGGAGCCUCGCGCCCGCGAGGAGCGGGAAGGCGCCCGCGCAGCGCCCGCACCUCGGGAGCCUGCGGGUUUUGCAGGGCCGGCAGCGGCCGGAGACGGCGCACCGGGAGCCGGGGCCGCUGCACCGCCAGCCCUGUGA